AUGCCCGCAAUUAAAAAGCGCAAGGUCGAACGUGAGACGCAUGUGGAUGUGGGGGCCAGCGAUGCUAGCUCUCAAAAUGAUGAGAGCUCCGAGACUCCCGCGGCCCCGAAGUCGUUCAGAGAACUGGGGAUCAUCGAUUCACUAUGUGAGGCCUGCGAUACACUAGGAUACAAGGCGCCGACGCCGAUUCAAUCCGAAUCCAUUCCCCCGGCGCUACAGGGUCGGGAUUUGAUCGGGCUUGCGGAGACAGGAAGUGGAAAGACAGCCGCCUUUGCGCUACCGAUUCUACAGGCACUCAUGGAUAAGCCGCAAUCCCUAUUUGGGCUCGUCCUCGCCCCAACCCGAGAACUUGCAUACCAGACCUCGCUAGCCUUCGAGGCUCUCGGAUCAACAAUCAAUGUGCGAACCGCAGUAAUCGUGGGGGGGAUGGACAUGGUGCCUCAAUCAAUCGCGCUAGGCAAGAAACCUCAUAUUAUCGUCGCAACUCCCGGCCGUCUACUCGACCACCUGGAGAACACCAAAGGAUUCUCGCUGCGCAACCUCAAGUAUCUGGUCAUGGACGAAGCAGACCGACUGCUCGAUAUGGAUUUCGGGCCGAUCCUGGACAAGAUCCUGAAAGUUCUGCCACGGGAACGACGCACCUUCCUGUUCUCGGCAACGCUCAGCUCCAAGGUGGAGUCGCUGCAGCGGGCAUCGCUGUCCAACCCGCAGCGGAUAUCGAUCUCGUCGAACAAGUACCAGACCGUCUCGACGCUGCAGCAGUACUUCCUGCUGCGGCCGCACAAGCACAAGGAUAUCUAUCUAGUGUAUUUGCUGAACGAGUUCGCCGGCCAGUCGGUCAUCAUCUUCACACGCACUGUCCACGAGACCCAGCGCAUGGCCUUUCUGCUGCGUGCGCUCGGAUUUGGCGCCAUCCCGCUACACGGCCAGCUUUCGCAGUCUGCGCGACUGGGUGCGCUCGGCAAGUUCCGUUCGCGUAGCCGCAAUAUCCUUGUCGCGACUGAUGUCGCUGCUCGCGGUCUGGAUAUCCCAUCCGUGGACCUGGUUUUAAACUAUGAUCUCCCGACCGACAGCAAGACGUAUAUUCACCGGGUGGGCCGAACCGCGCGUGCAGGAAAAAGUGGAGUCGCAAUCUCGUUUACCUCGCAGUAUGAUUUCGAGAUCUUGAAACGCGUUGAGGGUGCACUGGGCAAGGAGCUCCCGGAAUACGACGCCCCCAAGGACGAGGCCAUGGUGAUGGCGGAGCGAGUGGGUGAAGCACAGCGCCAGGCCAUCAUGGAGAUGAAGAACUUUGACGAAAAGCGAGGGAGCAGAGGAAAGCAGUUUGGCAGGGGCAAGCACUCUCGUGAGGAGAUGGAUCGCGAGGAGGGCUGA